AUGUCUGCACAAGCUUCACUCGAACUACACGCACUACUGGAAGUAACAACAAAACCACACUCUUUUAAGCAGAAUCCACAUAGGAAAUCCGUUGGUAGUCGACGCUAUAAGCCAGCUAGACAACUCAUUGCUGAUGAAAUACGUUAUAUUCAAUCGAAACCAAAUUUACCUACAGACAAGCCUACAUACCUAAGUGUUACUGCACCACCAUCGCUCUUGCCUAAAAAGCAUUAUUGUGAUAUCACUGGUCUUGAAGGAAAGUACAAGAACCCGGCAAACCAGUUGCGUUUCCAUAAUGUGGAGAUAUACCAAGAAGUUAUAAAGAAUAUCCAACCUGGUGUGGACCAAAACUACUUGGAACUUAGAGGCGCAAAUGUCAUUUUGAAAUAA